AUGGGCCGCCCUCAAGAUCACAGGAAAGCCGUCGCUUCCUCAGGACUGGCAGUUCCCCAUAUUCUCCGUGAGUCACUGCGGGCGAGGGGACCGGAGGCUCAGAUCAGAGGGCGCAGCCCUGCAAUCCUACUGGCUGGAGCGGAGAAUUAUUCCUUCCAGGCAGCCCGUAUAAAAACCUCUGGCGGGUGCAUCCUGCGGCAGGGAAUGCCCAGCGGCCCCUGCCACAACAGCGCUCUCGCUAUGAUCUCCACACAGCAGUCACCCUUCUCCAACAAAACUGAAGGAGCAGCAGACUGCCAAACGGAGGAAGAAGAAACCUGUGAAGACCAAUAUGACUCUGAAAACCGCACUCGGGGCUCUGAACAUGAAUCGUCAACAGCAGAAUCCAACUCAGAUUCACCAGUGACUCUUAAAAUACUACAGAACUGGGUUCCCMAAAUUUCCCACUACUUUGACAAGGAACACUACACUUAUGUGGGRCACCAGAUCGUCAUUCAAGAAUCAAUAGAGCACUUUGGAGCUGUGGUGUGGCCGGGUGCAUUGGCUUUAUCUCAGUAUCUGGAGUCAAAUCAAGACCGAUUCAACCUCAAAGACAAAAAGGUUUUGGAAAUCGGUGCUGGAACAGGCUUGGUUUCUAUUGUGGCCUGCAUCUUGGGUGCUUAUGUUACAGCUACUGAUUUGCCUGAAGUUCUUGAAAACCUCUCCUUCAAUAUUUCAAAAAACACAAAASAUGCAAAUACGCACAAGCCUGAAGUGAGAAAACUGGUGUGGGGAGAGGGCCUGAGCGAAGACUUCCCCCUCUCGAGGUGCCGAUACGAUUUCAUCCUGGCAAGCGAUGUCGUCUACCACCACGCAGCCCUGGACGCCCUGCUAGCAACGAUGGCCUAUUUUUGUCAGCCAGGAACAGUCUUAUUAUGGGCCAACAAGUUCAGGUUCAGUACAGACUACGAGUUCUUGGAAAAAGUUUGCAAUAUUUUCGACACCACCAUUCUAGCGGAAUUUCCAGAAUCAAACGUCAAGUUGCUUAAAGCCACAAUGAGAAAGAAUUGA